AUGGCGGACACUUUCGACUUUGACGCCUUCAUCUCCUCUCCCUCGCACGCAGAGGUCGCGCCUCCGGCCGUCCCUAACAACAAUGGCGCUUCGAUCGCCGUGGACAAUCUCGGCAACACCGUCAGCACCAACGCAUCCGCGCUGCUCGGUCCUCACAACGACAUGGUCGCGUCCUUCUCCGACCAGGGCAUGCAGAACAUCAACGGCGGACUCGACAUGAUGGCCGGUGGCACACUCAUGAGCCAGUCCAACUCGCUCAUGUACGGCAGCAACUACGGCGAGUCAUUUGGCAACGAUCUCAUGGACUCGUGGGACAUGGGCUCGACCACCGGUGCAGGCAACGGUGCCCCCAACUUUGGCUUUGGCGCUGCUGCUGCUGCUGCUCCUCCUCCUCCUCCUCAGGACGCUCACACCAACGCCAGCGUUAUUAGCCAGAACAGCCAGAUGCCCACGUCAGGGCCUGCCCCUGCUGUCGCUCCCGCAGCGUCAGGUGCCAAGCGCGACAUCACCGCUUCCUAUCGCGACCAGAUUGCCGCUCACCAUUCGCACCUCUUGGGCACAGGCAGCCGCAGCACGUCUUCCAUCCCUCGCGUCUCCACCUUCAAGCGAGUGCAGCCCCCCAUGAACCGCGGCAUCACCGUCACCAACGCCGCCAGGGCUAACCUCAGCUUGCAAGAGCGUCGACGCCUCUCGCGACAGGCCGCCAAGAUGGCAGCACCACAGCCGCAGCCGCAACAGCCGCAGCAAGCUUUCGGCCAGGCUUCGCAACAUGCAGCCGCUCCGGGCGUCGCUGCCUUCCCUUCAGUCGCCGGCCGAGGUGCCAAGCGCAGUCUCAACGACGAUAUGAGCCAGAUCAGCAGCGGGCCCUUGCCGAUACCCACUCGUAGUGUCUCGUUCAUGAACGACUCUUCCGGGUCGUCCGUGUCGUCGUCCGACAUGUCACCGCAAAAGAUGCUCGACAGUCGUUCCAACAGCUUCGCACCCCAGAUGCCUGCAGCCAACGUUGGUGGCAACGCUGGCGCUAGCGCUGAGAUCUACCAGGGCAACUUCAGCACCUCGUCGGGUGAUGCCAUCCCGACCUCGAACAAAUACUCGAGUUCGGGUGUCGAUGUCCUCGGCAUCCUCUCGCGUGCCAUCACUCGUCCUAACCAGAGCAUCGCGCUCGGUCCCGUCGAUCUCUCGUGCUCCUUUGCCAUCUCGGAUGCGCGUCACCCCGAACAGCCGCUCAUCUACGCCAGCGAGACGUUCUGUCACCUGACUGGGUACACGCUGCACGAGAUCCUCGGCAAAAAUUGUCGAUUCCUGCAGACGCCCGGCGUUCCUCUCGAGGCCGGUGCUGAGCGUCAGCACACCGACAACCGCGCUGUGGAACACCUCAAGCGUCACUUGGGUGGUCUUCGAGAGUGCCAGGCGAGUCUGAUCAAUUAUCGCAAGGACGGCAGCCCCUUCAUCAAUUUGGUCACUGUCGUGCCUGUCUCGUGGUCUGAUCCGUCCCAGGUGGACUUCCUCGUUGGCUUCCAGGUCGACUUGGUCGAGCAGCCCGGCGCUAUCCUCGAGCGCAAGGACGACGGCUCGUACCUCGUCAACUAUCGCUCCAUCAACGACCCUCCUCCUUCGGCCAUCCUCGGCGCGGACGAGCUGGGCAAGGAUGCCGAUGCGGAUGCCUCCAAGCAAGCCCUGCUGGCUGCCGACAUUCUCGACCUUAUCCAUGGCGUGGGUCCCUGCGAUGCCAAGCAGUGGUCGCGCGUGCUUCUGGAAAAUUCGCACGACCUCAUCUACGUGCUCUCGCUCAAGGGUACAUUCCUGUAUGUCUCGCCGUCCAUCGAGCGCAUCCUUGGCUACACGGCCGACGAGGUCAUCGGCAAGUCCAUCUCGGAAUUCUGCCACCCCAGCGAUGUCGUGCCCGUCUUCCGCGAGCUCAAGGAUUCCACAAGCAACGCCAGCAUCGCCGCCGCCGCCUCGCGUAACAUUCGCACGGAGGGCGUUGCCAACCCCUUGACCAAGGGUGGCGGUGGUCAAGCUGGACCGCGCGUCAACCUCAUCAUGCGCAUGCGACACAAGCACGACGGUCACCGCUGGAUCGAGAGCACCGGUAAGCUGCAUCUCGAACAGGGCAAGGGGCGCAAGGUCGUCAUCUCCAGUGGUCGACCGCGCCCCGUGUACAAUCUUGCCUGGGAGCACGUCCGUCGGGGUGCCGAGUCUGCUCAGCCCUCGUUCUGGUCCAAGCUGUCGAUCGACGGCAUCUUCCUCAACUCGACAGGUCCCGUUGCCGAGGUGCUCAAUUGCGACGAACGCGACAUCUUUGGUCGCCACGUGCUCGAGCUGACCAACUAUGAAGCGGCACCUUCGCUUCUGCAGGCACUCCGCAGCAGUCAGGCCAUGAGCGUCUCGCACCUCAUGGGGGACGGUGCAGGCAACAACGUGCCCGUCUUCACGUCGUUCUACCCUUCGUCGGCUGCUGCUGGUCCUGCGCUGCCCACUGUGUUCAUGCACGUUCAGCGCGCGUCUGCCGAAAGCUCGUGGAUGAUCCCCAACGUGGCGUACCCCAAGGGCGGACCUCAACCCGCCUUCGACGCCACGGGCACCAGCAUCGACUCGCUGACAUCCGUGUUUGCCGAGCUGUCGACGUACCGCAGCUCGUCGUGGGUGUUCGAGAUGCAUCAGCUCAAGAACGUCAACCGCCGACUCAAGGACGAGAUCCGCGCUUUGCGGCGCCAGUCGCGAGAUCACCUCGGCGCCAACGGACAAGGCCUCAACGCGAACGGCGUUCAGCUUUCGACACCGCAGACUCCGACCAUGGCGAAUGGCCGUCGACGCAGUGGACCCAUGGAUGGCUCUGCCGGAUUCAUGGGCAACGGACAAGGUCCUUCGGUGCCUCACAUCCAGACGCCAAGUCCCAUCAAGCGUCGGCCCGAUCACGGUCACGGUCAUCGCCAGCACUUGCGGCCAACUGCGCAGCUGUCGUAUCUGCAUGCAGGACACAGCACCGAUUACGGCAGCAGCAGCAGUUCGGGCUCCGAGUUUUCGCCGUUCCCCGAGCGGGCGCCCAACGAUCGUCGUUCUGGUUCGGGCGAUGCCUCGGACGAGACGGCGGCCACUACCACCACCUCGGGCGACACGUCGGAAAAGGAUGGCGGUAGCGGCACCGGCAGUGGCAGCGAAAGCCGUCGCAACUCUGGAUCGGCGGAAUCCUGA